AUGACUUACUCCAACGGCAACAGCAACGUCAACGGUAAUUCGGCGCCCUCCAUCUCUGCUGCUACCAAGUUGAGGCGCCUCCUUGAGACGGACGAUAUCGUUGUGGCCCCUGGCGUCUACGACGGCUUUAGCGCUCGCAUUGCGCAUGAAGUGGGAUUCGACUGCAUCUACAUGACCGGUGCUGGCACAUGCGCCUCCAAGCUGGGCCAGCCCGACCUGGGCUUCGCCUCGCUCAACGACAUGCGCGAGCACGCCGAGAUGAUUGCCAAUCUGAACCCGUCGGUGCCCUUGAUCGCCGAUGCGGACACGGGCUACGGAGGCCCCAACAUGGUCGCACGCACCGUGGCGCAGUACCAUCGCUCUGGUGUCGCGGGCCUACACAUCGAGGACCAGAUACAGACCAAGCGUUGCGGCCACCUGGGAGGCAAGUCGGUCGUUGACGUCGAGACCUUUGCACAGCGUAUCGGCGCCGCUUAUCAGACGCGUAAGCAACUCGGCUCGGAUAUCGUCAUCAUCGCGCGGACGGAUGCCCUCCAGACACACGGCUUCGACGAGGCCGUCCGCAGGCUCAAGGCGGCCGUCGCUGCAGGCGCCGAUGUAGGAUUCCUCGAGGGCGUCACGACAGCAGAGGAAGCGCGUGAGGUGUGUAAGCUCAUGGCUCCUACGCCUAUGCUGCUCAACAUGGUCGAGCACGGCGCCACGCCCUCCUGGACGCCUGCUGAGGCCAAGGAGCUCGGGUUCAAGAUGAUCAUCUUCCCGUUCGCCUCCAUUGGGCCUGCCUAUCUGGCUAUCAAAGAUGUCUUUGUCGCGAUGAAGGCGACGGGUAAGACUGGGCUAGACAAGGAGUUUACGCCCAAGAAGUUGUUCACUAUCGUCGGUCUGACGGAAGCCAUGGGGCUAGAUGCGGCGGUCGGUGGGAGCCUGUACAGCAAAGUGUAA